AUGAGUGAACCAUUCGUCGUCUUUGGCUACGGAUCUCUGAUCUUCAAGCCUCCUCCCCACGUUAUCGCGCAAGUUCCAGGAUUUCUGAAAGGCUACGUGCGCCGUUUUGCGCAGAAAUCUCAUGAUCACCGUGGGACGCCCGAGAACCCAGGAAGAGUAGUGACACUCGUCCAUAAAGAAGACUGGGACAAGUUCUCAGCAAGUGUGAGCUACGCACUACCCAGCGAUGCGUUUCCAGAUGAUGAUGUUGUCUGGGGAGUAGCAUAUACGAUUGACCCAGCGUACGAGGCUGAAGUGAGGGACUACCUUGAUUAUCGAGAAAAGGAUGGGUAUACCAUGGAGACUCUUGACAUCCACGGAAUAAGCCCAGAAGGUGCAGAAACAAUCAUCAUUUACAACGCAUUCUGCUACGUCGGCCGAAACGGCAACCCCUCCUUCAUUGGCUCUGAACCACUAGACUCCCUCGCCUAUACCAUCUGGAAGACCAUCGGUCCCUCAGGCCCCAACAAGGAUUACCUAUUCAAACUCGCCGAGUCUGUACGCGAGCUAUCGCCCGACUCAUACGACUCCCAUCUGUUUGCUCUGGAGGAGCACGUGAAAAAACUUGAGCAAGAGCAUUCCAGCCACAGCAAUAUAAGACUGGAAAGUGUCCCGAAUGGUCAUGCCUAA